AUGCGCGCCAGCCUUCUCGCCGUCUCCGCCGCCCUCCUCGCCCUCCCGGGCCUCGCGUUUGGGGCCCGGGUGAGCCAAGAGGGCAACUGCGGAGGCAAGAGGGGCCCGACCUGUCUCGGGUCCGAGUUUGGAGACUGCUGCUCGCAGUACGGCUGGUGCGGAAGUACGAGCGCGUAUUGCGACGCUGGCUGCCAGCCCGGGUUCGGCAAGUGCAAUGGCCAAGGCCAGGGCUCGUCGUCGUCGACGAGCCCUUCGGGAACCACCACCAAGACGACCGCCAAGACGACGGCGGCAACCACCACCACGGCGCGUAGCACCAACACCAACGACUUGCCCAUCACCAACACCCGCAGCAGCACGGGGACAAAGACGGCCACCUCGACCAGCUCCAGCGCAUCAGCCUCGGCCACGUUCGCGUCCAUCCUGGACUGCCUGACGGCCAAGAAGCUGCAGUUCAGCUCGCCCAACUCGCCCAGCUACCCGCAGCUGUCCAAGCCGUACAACCUGCGCCUGCCCUGGAAGCCGCUCGUCAUCGUGCUCGGCACCUCGGUCCAGGACGUCCAGGGCGCCGUCGCCUGCGCCGCACUCUUCAAGGUCAAGGUGCAGGCGCGCAGCGGCGGGCACUCGUACGCGGCCUUUGCGCAGGGCGGGCAGGACGGCUCGCUGGUGGUGGACCUAGCGGGCCUGCAGACCGUUAGCGUCGACGCUUCCUCGGGCGUCGCGAGCGUCGGCGGCGGCGUCCGGCUCGGCAACCUCGCGUCGGCGCUGUACGCGCAGGGCCAGCGGGCCGUGUCGCACGGCACGUGCCCCGGCGUCGGCAUCGGCGGUCACUUUACGCACGGCGGCUUCGGCUACAGCUCGCGCGCGUGGGGGCUUGCGCUCGACUCCAUCGUGGCGCUGGACGUGGUGCUGGCCAACGGCACGGCGGUUAAGGCCAGCGCGGCGGCCAAUGCGGACCUGUUUUACGCGCUGCGCGGCGCGGCCGAGUCGUUCGGCAUCGUCACGGCCUUCCACCUCGCCACGCAGCCCGCGCCCGGGCCGGUCAUCAACUGGUCCGUCCAGCUGCCCGACAUGUUCUCGUCGGCCGACAGGGGGGCGCGCGCGCUGCUGCACGUGCAGGACUUUGCGCGCAACGCGUCCGUCGUCGACGCCAACCUCGGGCUCGGCAUCUACAUGGACGGCGAGACCUUUAGCAUCAGCGGCACCUACUUUGGGCCCCGCAGCCGCUUCGACGGCGUCAUCAAGCCCGAGCUGCUGCGCGGGCUGGGCGCCGCGCCGUCGGGCCAGAGCACCGAGGCGGUCGACUGGAUCACCAGCCUGACCCAGCUGGGCGGCGGGGGCCCGCUGGCGCAGCCGACCGAGGCGGGCGCGUACGACGAGCACGACACGUUCCUGGCAAAGUCGCUGACGGUGCCCGAGGCGUCGCCGCUGACGCCCGCGGCGGCCCGGGCGUACUUUCAACGCAUCAUCUCGAGCGCCGCCUCUGUCGGGCAGGCCGGCGGCAGCUGGUUCACCAUCAUUAACCUGUACGGCGGGCCCGGCUCGCGCAUUAACGCCGUGUCGGCCUCGGCCAGCGCCUACUCGCACCGCUCGACGCUGUGGGUGUUCCAAAAUUACGGCUCCACGGGCACCGCGGGAGGGCCCAGCUUCCCGGCGGCCAUCGGCACGUACCUCCAGGGGCUGGGCGACGCCAUCAGGUCGGCCAUGCCGGGCGUCGAGUUUGCGGGUUACAGCAACUACGUCGACCCGACGCUGUCGGCGGCCCAGGCACACGAUCAGUACUAUGGCGCCUCGACGUAUGCGAAACUUCUGGGGUUGAAGAGCGCGUUUGAUCCGCAGGGCCUGUUCUGGAACCCGCAAGCGAUUGGCGCUUAG